AAGAACAAGAAGAACACCCACGUCACAUCCCCACCCAAAUAGCUGCCACAACAGUUUAACAACACGUUUACAUUGCCCCAUUUCAAUCCCUUUCAUUCCAUUCCCUGUUCAACUUUCCACGUUGAUUCGAAUCAAUUCCUUUCUCCCUGGCUCCCAAAUUCAUCUGGGUCCGCCUCAAUUCUGCAACUUUGCAUCACCCAGAAUCGGAAUUUGCUCAUUCAAGACUGGUCUCUGGGCUAUAAUCUGAUCCGGGUCUGGUUCAAGAUCACAAAUUUCCAAUCCCAGAGCUCAUUUGGGUCAGCUUCUGGAAGCCCAAUUGGUCUGGGAAGAAGCAUGGUUUCUCUGGCGAAUUCAGUGUUGUUUCCUGUGACUACAUCCAAUGGCAUUUCUGGGCCGGUUAGAUUAGCAAAGACGGUCAGUUUGUGUAGCUAUAAGCAGAAGAGAGAGCCCAGAAACAUUGUGUGUGCUUGUAUGGCGCCUCCCCAUAACUUGAGGAGCGAUGAAUCCUUUGCAGCUAAAUUCGAGGAUUCAUUGAAAUCAGAGGAUUUAACCACAGUAAGAGAGCCCGAGGAUGACUCUGAUGUUCUGAUUGAGUGCAGAGAUGUCUACAAGUCAUUUGGUGAGAAGGAUAUAUUGAGAGGUGUGAGCUUCAAGAUUAGACAUGGCGAAGCAGUUGGAAUAAUUGGUCCUUCUGGCACGGGAAAAUCUACAGUUUUAAAGAUUAUGGCAGGGCUUCUUGCGCCUGACAAGGGAGAGGUAUACAUUCGAGGUCGAAAGAGAGCUGGUUUGAUAAGCGACGAAGAGUUAUCUGGUCUUCGAAUUGGAUUGGUGUUUCAGAGUGCUGCACUUUUUGAUUCGUUGACUGUUCGUGAAAAUGUUGGUUUUCUUCUGUAUGAAAAUUCAAGCAUGCCCGAGGAACAGAUUUCAAAGCUCGUGACUGCUAGCUUAGCUGCUGUUGGGUUAAAGGGAGUUGAGGAUCGAUUACCUUCAGAGCUGUCGGGUGGUAUGAAGAAAAGAGUUGCAUUGGCUCGAUCUAUAAUAUGUGAUACGACAAAGGAAUCCAUAGAGCCAGAGGUGCUCCUAUAUGAUGAACCAACAGCUGGACUUGAUCCGAUUGCAUCUACUGUUGUAGAAGACCUCAUCCGCUUUGUCCAUACAGAAGGGCAGGCCGCAUCAGAGAAGCCUGGGCAGAUUGCAUCUUAUGUUGUUGUAACUCACCAACAUAGCACCAUCAGACGAGCUGUUGACAGGUUAUUGUUUCUGUAUGAGGGCAAGAUAGUCUGGCAAGGAAUGACUGACGAAUUCACAACCUCAACAAAUCCAAUCGUUCAACAGUUUGCAUCUGGGAACUUGGAUGGCCCAAUUAAAUACUAGAGUUGCUAAAUGAUAUGGUGGGUGGUAUACAUAAACAAGACAUGGUGAUCUGCUUGCUGCGUGCAGUGAAGAGGAAACGAAUCCAUGCUAGAAUUGGGUCAGCUGAGUGCCUGCACAUUCAGGCUCUCUCUGCCUCGUUUCUUAUAUAUACACCAAGGCAGUGCAGCGGAGCUCAUGCAAAUUUUAUCACUAUCAAAAAUCAUGCUUAUGCAUCCUUAGUUGCAUCCUCCGAGUUUUUUGAAGAGUCAUCAUCUUCUAAAUUACAUGGCGAGUAGAGGUCACAAUUAACUUCUUUAGUUCUUUUUACUAUUAACUUAUUCAGAGUUUCUAGUUUUAGUGUCUAAUUUAUGAGAUUGGGCACCUCUCUAAAGCCCCCAUUGUUAAAAAUUAAAAUCAGAACAAUAAUGAUCAAUCUGAUGUGUUUAUGUGAGUAGAUAAUUCUUCAUUCUCUAGCAUAACUGAAACAUACGAGUGAUUUGACAACCAUUGAAAUGUAAUUUGCUUGUUCAAUCAGAGUUCUUCCAUUCUAUCC